AUUUCUUUUUUUUUUUGUCUCAUUCUGUUGUUUUUCUAAGAUUUGAAACAAGGGUUUUAGAUCCAGGAGUAAAAACUCAGACUUUGCUCAUCCCAAUGACGCACUAGAACACACAGUAUUCUCAAAAAUCCAGCUUUAUCUGUGGUUUGUGAAAUUUAGCUGGUAUGGAAAUAAACUCUAAACAAUAUUUCCUCAAAAAAAGACCAGAGCAGAUUUGUUUAUCCUUCUGCCGUUGCAUAAAUAUCAUUUAAACAUUUACGGUUCUGGAAGAAUUUCAGUGCCCAACAUCAAAGCAUAUUAAAAUCCUUGGAGAUCUCACACGAGCUGCAGCGCCAUGGCCUGUCCAUGCAUCACACAUGAAAGUUUAAACAUCUUAAGAGAGCUUGUCCCAGCCUGGGAGAAGCUGUGCAGAGUUUUCAGUCUGCUGUACGCUCAAAUGCUCCUGCAGUCCGGACUGAGCAGAGCCACUCGACAACACAAGGUCAGGUGACUUUAUGCUGCCUCUUUGUAACAGAUGUUUGUUCUUAUAAGUGUUAGUGAUACCACUGAUCAUUUUUUGUCUAGAAUCUCCUUUUAAAACAUGCUAUCAGUCUCUGCCAUUAUUUCAGUAGAAAUGACUGCUUUACCGGCUUGUAUUCUGUAUUUUAUUUAGACAUGGUGCAUACUUGACAUUCAACAUGAAACCUGUGUUCUGGUCUGCAGGUGCUCUAAACAGGAAGGAGUCUGACAGCAGCAGGUGCUUCAUCAUGGUAUACGGCACAGUCGUUCACCAAGCUGAUGAUUGCUUCAUUAACAUCAAUGUUGGAGGAUUCAGGCAGCGCAUGGCUCACUCUGUCCUGAGGAGAAUGCCACAGACCCGCCUCGCCCGCCUCCUGCGCUGCACCUCCAGAGCAGCCAUUUUGGAGCUCUGUGACGACUUCAGCUCCUCUGAAAACGAGUUCUAUUUUGACCGCAGCCCAAUUUUUUUCUGCUCCCUCCAUAACUUCUACCUCACAGGGAAGCUCCACCUGGUUGACGGGUUGUGCGUGGUCUCAUUUUUCCAGGAGCUCGAGUACUGGGGAAUCAAGGAGCACCACCUGGAAUUGUGUUGCAGCAACAGAUUUCAGGAGCUGAUGCAGAAGAUAUGUUUGGAUCAGAGGGAUGAUGAUCAGCACCGCCAAAGCUCAGGCUCCUCAGCGGAGAAUCUUUCAGCUUUAGAGGACGAACUGGAAGAGUUUGAAGGAUCCUGGUGUGCAAAUGUUCGCAGGAAUAUCUGGAUUCGACUUGAGAAUCCCAGUUACUCCACCUCAGCCAAAGUGUUGGCUGUGUUGUCUAUGAGUGCAGUGGUUGUUUCCAUCGUUUCCAUGUGCUUGAACAGCAUGCCAGACUUUCAUCAGGGGGACUCUGAUGAAAAGCGCAUAGAAAACCCACUGCUAGUCCUGCUGGAAAACAUCUGCAUCCUUCUGUUCUCGGCAGAGUUUAUUCUUCGUUUGGUUGUUGCUCCUUCAGCCAAGAAGUUCUUGAGCAGCGCUUUGAACAUCAUUGACUUUUUGUCCAUCCUCCCUUUCUAUGUGACUUUAAUCUGUGAUAACACAAAGAAAGACGGGAGUAAAGAGCUGGAGAAUGUUGGCAAAGUGGUGCAAAUCUUGAGGCUGACCCGAGUGUUUCGUGUUUUGAAGUUGGCCCGUCACUCAGCUGGACUCCGCUCUCUCGGCUCCACACUGAGGCACAGCUCCAGGGAGAUGGGACAGCUGCUGCUCUUCUUAUCUUUGGGGGUUUCUCUCUUUUCUGCUCUUAUAUACUUCGUAGAGAGAGAGUCCAAAGAGUCACAGCUGCAGACCAUCCCUGUCGGCUGGUGGUGGGCCACAAUCAGCAUGACCACUGUGGGCUACGGUGACACAAUCCCAGUUACAGUAGCUGGGAGGCUGAUAGGAACCCUGUGCAUCGUCUGUGGGCUGCUUAUUGUUGCUCUUCCUAUUACUAACAUCUUCAACAAGUUUUCCAAGCUUCAUCAGAGGCAGAGACGAUAUAGUUUGAGGUAGAACACCUUGAAUAAAUGAAUUCACAUAAAUAUUUAUUAGAAUUUUAGAGCAUUCGUUCACACAAUUCUUUCCCAACUUCACUGUUGGAGCGAGUGUACUGAUCUGUAUCCAAAUCUGUUUCAGUGGCAGCUGAGAGCAUUUAGUGCAGCUGUCAGUACUUAGUCUGAGGUUUCAGCACAGAUAAAUAUUUAAAUCAGCACUCAGAGACAUCUAGUUCACCCUCCUGUGACACGUCUUCACACUUUAAAUCACACGGUGCCUCACUUUGAUUUUAUUUCACUGCUUUUCUGCAUGAAAGUCACCGUCAGCAGGACAGCAGCCAUCUCAGAAUCGAGAAGGUCCUAACACAGACGUUCUGCCUGUACAAAAACUGAUUAAUCCCUUCUUGCUGAAGAAUACAUGCAGGGCAAAUAAAAGCAGCAGAGCACAUCCACCAGUAGAGAUGUAUGUAAAAAUAGCUAUAACAGGAUCAAGUUUGCAAAAUUGCAAUUUUAUUGCUGAUUAAACCAGUUGAAGAUGUAAAAGGAAUGGCAUCCUCAAAGAUACUGCCUUCCUUUUCACAGAUGAUACUCCGCUUUCCUCCAGAGUCUAAGCCACUUAUGGUAGGAUUUUCUUUCAUGACAAAUAAACAAAUGCAAAUAUAUGUAAUUAUUCAGUUAUGUGUGAUGUGACCAACGCUCAAUCUAAAAAGAUGUUUUUGCCCUACUUACGUAUUUAGAGCCAUAAAACCUAUGUACUGUGUAAAUUGUGUUUUAGACUUAAAUUAAAGAGCUACAAAUUUAUAUCUAAUCUUAGGUUUUAGAACAAACAAAAAUACUUUAAAACCACCUUAUAAUGGAGUAGGUAGUGUGUGCAUUUCAGGAUAGUUCAAUGGAAGUUUUUGACGGUUUUCUGUCCGUUUUUAGAACGCAAAGUCUCUGGAAAGGAAUCUGUAAGUUGUUGGAAAGAACCAAGUAAGUCCAGGAAAUAUUGUGAAGGUACAAGUGGUACAGUCAAAUUCAAGAAUCCACUUUUAAACUUUGAUUUGACUACCUGACCCAACAGGACCACGCCUAAAAACUCAACUUUUUAAAUUCCAUCAGAGUCGGGAUACCUUAAUUCUCGUGGUUAAUCUGGGUUUCUGUUUACAAAGUAUAUUAAAUCCCAGCUAACGUCAUGAAACUCUGUCUGAAACAACCUUAAUAGUCUCACUAAUGUCACACCAAGCUCUCUUCAUUUCUGUAUAAUAGAAAAUUUCUUUUGUGUUGCAGGUGAAAGAUUUUCUGAUUCAUAGUGAAAACAAACAUUAUAAGCGUGCAUGUCUGAGCAAUGAUGCAGCGCAGUGAUCCUGUAGUUCAGGUUAUUAAAGCCAAGCCUUCUUCUUUGUGUUGUAAUUCCACAACAGUUCCACUUGAGGGCAGCAAACGCUAAGAUGUUUACCAUUGCACACAGAAGAAGCCACAGCCUUUUUACUAAAAUUCUUAUUAGCAGGAAACGGAAACAAAAAACAAAGCUGAACCCUUUUGACAAAAGUCUUGUAUGGAAAAUGAUCCUGCUCACUCAUGGGUGGUUAAUUUUUAUCCAAACGUUUAGUAUGAAUAAUCAGAAAUAGAAAGUUAGAAAGAAUCCAUUAUCAGAAGAACAAGUCGUGGCUAUUUUGUCUGAAAAUUCAAACUUACAUUCCCUUGUAAAAUUUAAAAUAUGCUUAUUUGUCAUCAUUGAAUUUAUAAAAAUACAAAAACUCAUCUUUAUGCCAGAAAUAUCAUGAUAAAAUGAUAUUGUGGCUAUUUUACUAAAAGUACAAACUUAAAUUCAAUUCUAAAAUUUAAAAUGUGUGUCAUCAGUGAAUUUAUGAAAAAUACAAAAACUGAUCUUUUCAGCCUUUAUUGGCGUCCAAGGUCUUGAACUUCUAGUAAUACAUUCCACGCAUAAUAAACUUUUAGGCAGAAUUAGUUCUGCUGGUUAACGUUUGUCGGCCCUGAAAAAAACUGUGAUCAACUUGAAAACAGUGACUGAACUUUUUCUGAUGCGCCUUUCAUGUUUUUCUCCAAAACAGACUAUGUUUAGUUGUGUCUGGUUGAACUAGAUUUUCCACAGUUUAA